GGCUGAAGGCCAAAAAGAGUCGCAGGCAUCUGCGCCGUCGCUGAUGCGAUCGGAGAAGAGAGUGCGAUAAAAUACAGAGAGUCGCAGGCAUCUUCCUUCUUUCGUCCUCCGUCGUCCCGCCCAAAACCCAAAACCCUAAACCCCAGAUCUUUCCUCCACCUCUCUGUUCGUCUUCCGGAAUGGCUUGCGGUCGGAGAAGCCUCACCUCUAAUUUCACCCAUCUCACCCGCCGCCUCCACCCGUCCUUCGCCCACAUCCUCCGCGACGACCGUGAAUCCACCGAACCCCCAAAUCGGCCACCUUUGUCCCCAACGCCAUCCCUCCCCCGCCCUUCCUCCUUUGCCCCAUCUUUCUCUGGGUUCGGCGGCCGGAGAAGCCUCGGCUUCUCCCUCCCUUUGGGCCUUGACCCUUGCCUCCUUCGGAGCUACUCCUCGAGUGCCGAGGGAUCGAACGAGAUCGACUACAUCAAGGAUGUCUCGGAGGUUUUGUCGGGCAGCACUGUGGAAACUGCUACCGUGGCAGCUGCGGCGGCUCCAGCUCCUUUUCCUGGAGAGGUGGCAGCUGCGGCGGCUGACUCGUUCCUACCUGUGGCUGCUCUCCAGCAUUUGAUUGACGGUGUUCAUACUUUCAGCGGUCUGAACUGGUGGGCUUCUAUUGCUUUGACGACUGUUUUGAUUAGAGGGGCUACCAUCCCACUUCUAUUGAAUCAAAUGAAAUCGACGGUGAAGCUUAGUAUGAUGAGACCUGAAAUGGAAGAACUUAAGAAACAAAUGGAUACAAUGGAUCCCAAAUCUGUGCAGGAGGGUCAAAAACAAAUGAAGGCAUUGUUCCAGAAGUAUGGGGUUACUCCAUUCACUCCGUUAAAGGGACUUUUUAUCCAAGGGCCAGUUUUCAUCAGUUUCUUUUUCGCUAUCUCAAAUAUGGUUGAGAAAGUUCCAUCUUUUAAAGGGGGUGGGGCAUUUUGGUUUACCGAUUUGACAACGCCUGAUCCUCAGUACAUCCUUCCAGCUUUAACAGCGUUAACCUUCUUGGCGACUGUGGAGUUUAACCUGCAAGAAGGAAUGGAAGGAAAUCCUAUGGCAAAAACGAUGAAGAACUUCUCCAGAGUUCUUGCGCUUAUGACUGUCCCAUUUACUGCCCAUUUCCCAAAGGCUAUCUUCUGUUACUGGAUCACAUCAAACCUUUUCUCUCUUAUGUAUGGUUUUGUGAUUAGACACCCUCCAGUGAGGAAAUUUUUGGAUCUUCCUGAUAUGGUUCCGCCACCCACCCCUGCAUCUCAGCCGGGCUUCUCUUUCUUUGGUGCAUCCAAGCUGAUCGCGCCGGCGGCCUCUCCGCUACCAGCUAAGGAAUCUGAGGCUAAAAUGCCUUUGAGAAGGGUAUCAUCAUCUUCCGUUGUCAGCCAGCGGAUCAGAAACCUGGAAAAGACGGUCAAAGCUAGAAAUAAACCUAAGAAAAGGUAGAGGGAAUGGAGAUAUUUUCAGCAUUGCAAACCAUUUAUACAUGUGUUAUUGUCAAUGGAGCGUAUGCCUUAUGAAAUCGAUCGACAAUUUCAGUUCACGGAAAUAUCUGUUUUUAGCAACGGAGAAAUUUUCCGGUAUCUGCAAACCAUACAGGGCUUAAUAAUGUACUGUCACAUUGUUGACAUGAGAGAGAAUUUUUGAAUGUACCUCGAGUUAAAAAAAUUUGUUAUGAAAACAGCUACUUGGAGUUUA